AUGGCUGAUACAGUGGGGAAGCCCAUCCAAUGCAAAGCUGCUGUGGCGUGGGAGCCAAAGAAACCACUGGUCAUUGAGACUGUGGAAGUAGCCCCUCCUAAGGCUGGGGAAGUUCGGUUAAAGGUAUUAGCUACUGGUGUGUGCCAUACUGAUGCCUAUACUUUAGAUGGCUUUGAUCCAGAGGGGAAAUUCCCAUGUAUUUUGGGCCAUGAAGGAGGUGGUAUUGUGGAAAGUGUUGGUGAAGGGGUGACAUCAGUCAAGCCAGGUGACCAUGUCAUACCUUUGUACACCCCCCAGUGUGGCGAGUGCAAGUUCUGUAAAAAUCCAAAGACCAAUUUAUGCUCAAAGAUAAGCAUUCCAACAUGCUCUCCCUAUCAUACUCAGAUUUUUAAAGAUGCUGCAGAGAAGAAAAAUGGUUAG